AUGGAUCCAGCCACGGCAAAGACGGCUGUGGCGCGGUCCAUGCAGGCAGCUGAAGCAAAAACGAAGGAGGAGGCGCAGAACAUCUUAAAGACAGUCUACGCAGCCGCCGCCAAGGCAGCUGAAGCAAAAACGAAGGAGGAGGCGCAGAACAUCUUAAAGACAGUCUACGCAGCCGCCGCCAAGGCAGCUGAAGCCAAAGCUGAAGUCGCAGCACCAGUGGCUGAAGCACCAGAGGAACCAAAGGAUGAGGAGGACGCGACUGGAGCGGAACUUGCAGCACCAACAGCUGAAGAGGAAAGCAUUCAAAAGCAAGAGAUGGCAGUCUGCGUCCGCCGACGAACGGGGGCAUCAGGAGAGAUCACCCGCGCGGUUCGCGCUGAGGAUGGGUCAGUGCUCAGGGGCAUCUUGAAGACCCCCCCGGCCAAGGAUCUUGAUUGACGGCCAUGAGAGUGGCAGUGGGCACACCGCAGUUCCCCGGGCGCCGAAAAUUCGAAAGAGAGAAGAGGGAAAGGUACACUUGAAGUCUGCUCUACAGAAAAUCUUGGCGAGCUCCAGCCAUCUGCAGGCUCACGCAAGCGGAGCUCUCAAGUUCAUGUUACCCAACCAUCUCCAUCGCGGUCCCUGUUGCGGUAUGGUUCGGUGGGGCGGAGGUGAUCUGCUUCAACGCUGAUGUGGUGGAACCUGAAGCUCUUGCAGCUCCUGCAGCUCCUGCCGCUGCAGCUGCUGAGGAGGCAUGGUUCCUGCGCCAAAUGCAGCAGUAUGAGGCUGCCAAGGAAUCCGCCGCUGCGACGGGAUCGGAGGCUAACAAGUCGUCUAGCGAAGAUCACGAGGCGCAGAUGAUGCAUCGAAGUCCACUGAGCUGCAUGCAGCUCUAGGCUGCACGUUGCCGCACGGAGUGCCGGUUACGUGCAUCGUUUCAAACAAAACCACAUGCGUUGGGUGACCUCU